AUGUCAUCAUCCCCACAUUCACAAGAUAUAGAAAGUUUUUGCUUAAAACUUCCCAAAAUUGAACUCCAUGCUCAUAUCAACUCCUCAGUUAGCGAAAAGACAUUUAGAGAACUUCUCAGAAAGAAAGAUGUUGGAGACGGACAGCUUGCUUCUGUUGAAUCUUCUGUGUUUGGACCAAAGGAGACAACAUUUAAAGCUUUUGAUGAUUGUUUUGAUAUCUUCCCAUUAAUUCACAAAGUUAUAGACAGUCCAGAAGCUAUAUAUAAGGUGACUUCAGAUGUAAUUGCAGAAUUUGAAGCUGACCAGGUGAAAUACUUGGAAUUAAGAACAACUCCCAGGGAGGAGCUUCUUACAAGCAUGACAAGACGUUCCUAUGUCGCUACAGUAUUGAGUGCAAUUAAAGACAGUAAAAAGAAGAAUCUUGACAUUGAUGUUCGGCUACUGUUAUCAAUCGACCGAAAAUCUACUGUGAAAAUUGCUUGGGAAACCGUUUUGAUGGCUUCAGAAUUGGCUGCUGAUUCUGAUAGAAUUGUUAUUGGAAUUGACUUCAGUGGUAACCCAAAGAUUAAUGAUGCUAAAGACUUUAUUCCAGUUUUGGCACAUGCCAAAUCUUCUGGUUUGAAGAUUUCUGUUCACUUGGCUGAGAUUGUAAAUCCAUUAGAAUCUCAUCAGUUAGUUGAAAUUGUGCCUGAUCGCAUUGGCCAUGGGACUUAUCUUCAUCCUGAAGUUGGAGGGUUGCAAGAAUCUGUGGAAUUUGUUAAGAAACAUAAAAUUCCAAUUGAAUGUUGUAUUUCAUCCAAUUUGAGAUCCCUUUCUGUUGCAAAGCUUAAACUUCAUCAUUUUGGAUACUGGUACAAGCAGUCCCACCCAGUUGUGCUUGCUACUGAUGGUAAAGGAGUAUUCCAGUGCUCAUUGUCAGGAGAAUAUAUUUUAGCUGCAAAGGCAUUUCAAUUAAGUCAAGAAGAAUUGUGGCAGUUAUCAGAGAAAUCUAUUGAUUAUAUUUUUGCUGAUGAUAAAACUAAAAAGAAACUUAAAUCACAAUGGGCAGAAAUCAGGAACUCUAAAUUCCAGAAAACAAUUUAA